AUGGUCAAGGUCACCGUGCCCAUACCGUGUUUGUUGGUGUACACGUGCCAGCUCGAAGACAUUCCCAUAGGAAGCACAAACAUCAUCAUCGCAAUGGAGAAAAGGAUGUGGAGCGGCCAGGAUUAUUCAGCAUGUUUCAACUUACAGCUUAAAUCUUUCGUCUAUGAUUUAUUCAUGAACCUAACACCACCGGCGCAAAGAGUACAAUUUAUUCUCGGUGAAGAUGUCGAUGAUUCCACACUCGAGUCCCAUCCUCUGUUCUCCGAAAUGGAGGAACUGGUUAAAGAUGGUGAUGAACUGGAAUGGAAAGAGACUGCCAGAUGGAUAAAAUUCGAAGAGGACGUCGAAGAAGGUGGAAACCGUUGGAAGGUGGCUCUCGACGCUCCAGUUCGAGGAGUUGUCGGGGGCCCACCUCGUCUCCUCACACCGCUCUUCUUCAAGCGUCAGACGCCAGAGGUUCUUAUCUGGCAGUUCCAGUUGAAGAAGGCGGUUCAACAAGCGGCCACUCUUACAAAGGAGAAUUCAGUCGUUUCCUAGGCAUCCCUAGUGCGGGUGCGGCACACGAUGAUGGCAUGGUAAAAAGUCCCAGCAGUAUAUCAAUGCAACGGAACCAUAGCUCUGGUGAUCUCCCAAUGAAUGGAGAUAUAAAUCACAAAUGUAAUACAAAUUUCAUGCGGAAGAUUCCACCAGGAGCGGAAGCGUCUAAUAUUUUAGUUGGAGAAGUAGAUUUCCUAGAAAAAACGCUGUCUGCAUUCGUUAGGCUGAAAACUGGCACAAUAAUGGGCGAUUUAACAGAAGUCCCAGUACCGACCAGAUUCAUGUUUGUAUUACUUGGGCCGCCAAACAGCAACUCUAGUUUCCAUGAAAUUGGUCGAGCAAUGGCUACACUAAUGUCCGAUGAAAUAUUCCAUGAAGUUGCAUAUAGAGCUAAGAAGCGAGACCAUCUUUUGGCUGGUAUAGACGAAUUCCUUGAUGCAGUGACAGUACUACCACCAGGGGAAUGGGAUCCAGCUAUCCGUAUUGAGCCCCCAGCAGCCAUUCCUUCCCAAGAUCCUCGAAAACGGCCAAAUGAUAAUCAUCCAAAAGAGGAAUUAGAUGAGGAAGAAGAGGAACAAAGACAGAGGGAAGAAUCAGGUUUAGCUAGAACUGGAAGACUGUUUGGUGGUCUAAUAAAUGACCUCAAAAGAAAGAUGCCUUGGUAUUGGUCUGAUUUUAAAGACGCAUUAGCGAUACAAUGCGUUGCGUCAUGGAUAUUUUUAUAUUUUGCCUGCUUAUCACCUAUAAUUACUUUUGGAGGGUUAUUGGGGGAAGCUACCGGAAAAAAUAUGGCUGCAAUGGAAUCAUUAAUAUCUGGAUUUGUCUGUGGAAUGGGCUAUGGCUUUUUUUCGGGUCAACCACUUACAAUUUUAGGAUCCACCGGGCCAGUAUUAGUGUUUGAAACAAUCGUAUUUGAAUUUUGUCGCCAGAUUGGUUGGAACUACAUGUCGUUCAGAUUUUGUAUUGGGACGUGGAUCACGAUAAUUUUGGUAAUAUUAGUGGCUAUCGAUGCAAGCGCAUUUGUUUGCUAUAUUACAAGGUUCACUGAAGAAAAUUUCGCCACAUUGAUAGCAUUUAUUUUCAUUUAUAAGGCGGUGGAAAAUGUAAUAUCAAUCGGCAAAAAGUACCCUCUUAAGACACGCCCCGAUGAAGUUCUCAAUUAUGAAUGUUAUUGUUUGCCAAGCAAUUACUCCAAAGUGCCGGAGCAGUUUAAUUGGACUUCGGUAGACAAAGAGUCUUGUCAGCUCUAUAAUGGGACAUUAGCCGGCGGCGGAUGUGAUACGAAAGUGUACGUUCCUGACGUAUACUUAAUGUCUAUUAUUCUUUUCCUGGGGACUUUCACUAUAUCUAUUAUUUUAAAGGACUUUAAGAACUCCUUGUUCUUUCCAUCCAAGGU